AUGACAGGCGCUAUCUCGUCGUGUACCGCGUGCUCGGCUUGCUCUGUCUCGUGCGCAUCGUGCGUGGCUGAUCGUGCAAGCUUGCGUGGCGGUGGCUGCACCGCCAAGCUCAAGCCUUGGAUCGCUCAUGACUGGCUCAUCCAGCCGGCAGCUGCAGGCCUUGCACCUGGUGCUGUGCCUGGUCCCAUCACUCUCCACUUUGGUACUUUGUCUCUGGAGGACAAGGCGCCUUCAGAUUCGUCGUGCACCUCGUUUGAUGGCGUGCCUACAGACGGAUGUUGCGACUUUGUCCAGAUCUUUGACGGGCCGACCAUCCACUCGCCGCUCCUCGCCAUACUGUGCGGCUCCAAGCAUCCAGGUCGCAUUACUUCGACAGGCCCGGCCAUGCUUGUCCGUCUGUAUGUCGAUGGUCACCAAGAGGGAGCUGGCUUUUCUGCUGUCUACACAUCGGCCGGCUUUGGCAACCUCUCGCUUCCCCAGCUCCCCAUGCCUUCCUUUCCCAACAUCCACUUGGACUGCGGCCGCGACACCAAGUAG